AUGCAUCGGGAGCAGGGCCAGCAUUAUUGUGUUCCCAAAUUCUACCUCAGAGAAGCUCUGAGAGAGUUCGCUGAUGACAUUCCUGAUGAGGAAAAAAUUCGGUUAAUAAAAUCAACGGGGUUAUUUAAUAAACUCAAAGAAGCAGAAAAAGAACAUAGUGAACAAAUAGAUCAAAACGAUCCAUUUCACUACGGCUUUACUUUUCAAGCCUUUAUAUAUACUAUUCCACUUUGUGCUGUUUAUAGUAUGCUGGACGUUGUAGUUCAUAGACAAUAUAACGAAGAGGUCACAUUUAUUCCAUUUAGUACAAGAGUUGUGAAGAUUGCUCCACUUCUCUGGGUUUUUGUCUAUUAUACUAACAAAUACGCUAACAAAAAUUGGUUACAAGUACUUAUGUUUUUAGGUUCAAUAUUAUGUGGUUGUCAUUUGAUUUGGGUUAUUAACAAGGCAAAUUAUUAUGGAGUAAUGCGUCGAUGUCCUUCACUUGCUACUUUAUGGGUUUAUUUUGUUGUUCAGCUUAGAUUAUUGCCUUCUGUUUUAAGCUUAGGAGUUGUUUAUUUUCAAAACAAACGUGGACAAGAAAGAAUGCUUAAUGCAAAACCUUUACUUUCCACGAAUGGUUGCGUGGCGAUGUUGGCACUCGUGCCUCAUCGACAAGAUGUUAUCAAAGAUUUUCUCGGUGAAGAUCAAAAUGCCGAUAUAACAAGAAGAAUAAUACGUCCGUUUUAUUUUGGAACAUCUAUAAAGGUGGGAAACCCGAUUAACAUCAUGAUGGCAUGUUUCAAGAAGUUAGCCGAGCAAAACAACUUACUUCAUUAUUACUUUGCGGAAAAUACGA